CACGACAGCUACGAUCGUAAUUCCUGCGGCAUAACACUCAGUCACCUGCCUGUCGUCUCAGUCGCGCACAAUGGAAAUUCCGGAAAUCAGAGACCUCGAAGGUUUAUUACGUCAUCGAAUCACAGGUAAAAUCAUCAGAGUCGAUGCUACCGCCUUAUCCGCAUUCGGGGAGAAUUUCGGAAGUAUUAUGGCCAAAGUGGAUAUCGUCCACGCGAAUGGAUCCAAAGAAGAAACCUUACACGCUGUAGCCAAGCUGAUCCCUACGCUGGAGUUCAUCAAAGAGAUAUUUAAUACUCAGGUGACGUUCAAGAACGAAAUCAACUGGUACCUCGAGGUGGUUCCAGCACUUCAAGAAUUCCAGAAGGAGGCGGGAGCGAAGAUGCUGGCAGAUUACUUCGCAGAGCUUUACGGCGCUAGGAUCAAUUUGAGUCCGAACAGUGACGUCGUUGAUUCGGACGCCGUCAUCCUGAUGGAAAACUUGAAAGUGGAAGGUUAUACGAACAUCGACCGUAUGGAAGGCUUCGACCUGGAGACGACCAGACUGAUUCUGGAUCAUUUGGCGAACUUCCAUGCAACCGCCAUAGGCCUAAAACUGAAACGACCCGAAGUGUUCGAGAAACGCGUCAAACCCCACCUCACCGAAUGGAUACCGCCUUCGACCGAUAAUUUCAAGCAAAUGAUCGCCGAUUUCUUGGACGGGGCAGGUGAAGCAUCCAAACACAAAUCCAAGUUCAUCAAAUGCCUCUCGAAACAAUGGAGGAGGAAAAUUAACGAACCCUGGGCAACCAUAACCCACAACGACUUCUGGGUCAACAACGUCAUGGUCAAACACGAAGGCCACCACGUGACUAGCGUCAAGUUCGUCGACUUUCAAGUCGUAGACUACGGGUCGGUCGCCAGUGACCUGCUGUUUUUCCUGCUGGGUAGCGUUCAACUGUCGGUGAUCAAGUACCACUUCCAGAAACUCCUCAAGUACUACUAUGAGAGAUUCGUGGAUACUUUAAGGGAUCUGAGAGUCGACACCAGAGACUUCACUUACCAAUCUUUCGAGAAGGAGUUGGACUCCGAAGGGGGACGACAGGUGGCGCACGUGGCACCCAUGUUAUUCGUGAUCAUGGGGCCCAAGAAUGCGGCGCCGCCCCCGCCUCCCAAAGAGGGCGAACCAAUGAAGUUUCCUCCGUUCAAACCGCCGCUCAAUUAUUACGAGAAACUCGGGUUUAUCGUUGAUGAGGCAGUGAGACGGAAGUGGAUAUAAUUUGUUGGGGUCGCUUAAGUUGAUUUGUUUAUUUAUUUGUGUCUAAUAAAGCGCAUAUCACGGAGUUCGGAGUUCGUAUAUGAAGUCUCUU